CACCUGACUUCACCCAUUACUUUCUAGUUUGUACUCCCUCUCCUCCCACCACGUUUUUAUUCUGGCAUCUUCCCCCUUCCUUUUGAGUCCUGAUGAAGGACCUCGGUCUGAAACAUCUACUGGUUAUUCAUUUCCCGAGAUGCUGCCUGACCCGCUGAGAUCCCCCAGCAUUUUGUUGCUCUAGGUUUCCAGCAUCUACAGAAUCUCUUGUAUUAAUGAUAAAGUAAUCCUCUUUGUGGAGCACAGAGUGGAUUAUGUGUUUUAAAGUUAAUUCUCAAUGUGCUCGCAACUGCACUCAUUAAUCCCUGCCUUGGGUACAUAAAACGUACAUUUCAGCCAAAGGAAGUGGAGCAGAGGAACAUGGGCCAGACCGCAGUGCUGCCCCCCAGGAGGAAGAACACAUAUAUCCUGGAACUACACGUAUGGUACAGAAAAUUUAUCAAGGAAUGUCCCAGCGGGCUGAUCACCCUCCAUGAGUUCCGGAGACACUUCUGUGAUGGGACGGUGGGUCCUGGAUCUUCAGAGUACGCUGAGCAGAUCUUCAGAACCUUGGAUGACAAUAGGGAUGGGUUGGUGGACUACCGCGAGUAUGUGACGGCUGUUAGCCUGCUGAUCCAGGGCACGGCCCAGGAGAAGCUGAAGUGGUCCUUUAAACUCUAUGACAAAAACAAGGAUGGAGCCAUCAGCCGGGCGGAGAUGCUGGAGAUCAUGCAGACGAUUUAUAAGAUGAGCCUAGCAGUAUCGUUGUCCAAAGUGGAACCACAGACUGCUGAGGAGUGCACUGACCGUAUGUUCAGACGCCUGGACAGGGACAGAGAUGCUGUCAUCAGCCAGCAGGAAUUUAUUGAGGGAGCGCUGGGGGAUGCGUGGGUCCGGGCAAUGCUGGAGUGUGACCCAAGCACCAUCGAGGUUCCUCGAAGCACGUAA